CUUCAUUCUGGCCGGGGCGUUGGGCUUUUAUCUGAAUUGGUCUCUUUUUUCCCACUUUCCCCUUGAUUUGAAGACAGAAAGAGAGAGACACAUCUCUAAUGGGAUUCAAUCCAAGGACCUGAGGUUGGACAGACAGAAAUCAUGGCUCCUACACCUGACACCAUAAAGCGACUGAUAGAGAGAUUAACUGAAAUCUUCAGCAAUGAUCCUCUCUGUUCUGCUCUCAGACCAAAUUCAUUCCUCACCAUUGAUCCAGAGAAGGAUGUGCACCUUUCUUAUGCUGAGAGCCCUAAAGAACGAGCAGAACGUUUAUUAAAUUAUGUGCUACAGAGAGGAGACGCAGACUAUCGGAAAUUCCUCGAACAACUUGCAACCCUGAGACCCAGAUUUCCAGCUCUGUCUCAUGUAUUGGAAAGUGAGAGGAAAAGAACCACACUGAUUGACAUAAUAACACAACAUAAAGAUGCAAAGCUCAGCCUAAGGAAUAUCAUGGACAUUGGAAAAGAGAAUAUGAAUGAAUGUUGUCCAACGUCUGUGCAAGAUCUUCCAUUGACUCUCCUGAGAAAGCUGGCGGCACUGGAAAGAACUGCAAGGGACACACUUCUUUUGGAAUGUGAUCAGAUUCCCAAGGAAGAAGAAAACAUGGAUGAUUUGUUUAAUUGUGAUGCUGAAGAACACAUAUAUAAAUCUAUUAAUCCAUUGGAUGUUUUGUGUGUUCUCUUGAAUUGUUCAGAUUCAUUUUUGCAACAACAGAUUUUUUCAAAAAUGUCCAUGUGUCAGUUUGCUGUCCCACUGCUGCUCCCUGCUGGUGAUGCCCCAGAAUGUACCUUCAUGCUCUGGGCUAUGAGAGACAUUGUCAAGAGAUGGAGACCUCAGACAUUACCAGGGAGCAAGGCAUCUAUAGAGGAAAGUCUGGUGAAUAUAUCCAUGCCUCAUUUCUUAGUUUUAAGACUAGGACAAAGCAAAUUAUCUAAAUCUAAAAUCCUCAAUCAAAUGCUCAGCCCAGCUCAGCAGUACAAUGAUUUCUUUAUUCAUGACAACAUGACAGGCGGAAACAUUGAAAGACAUAUAUCUAAUGGUCUAGUGGAAAUAUCCUGGUGUUUUCCUGUUGGAAAUAAGACUUCUCUUACUUUCCCAGAACCCAUUGCAAUUACAAAUAUACGUGGAAAUCUAGAGUGUAAUAAAUCCCAGUUAGAUUUCCUAAUGCAGGUCUCAGCGGCAGUGUUUGUAUUUGCUGAGAAUAUUAAUGAGAGGGAGUGUGAGAUCCUAUCACAGUACAGUAAGUCUGCUACACCCCUCUAUUUCAUUAUAACUCCGAGUGACAGAGGUAUCAGUCGAGAGGCUGCAGAAUCCUUCAGAAAGUUUCUUCAUGUUCUGAAUAUUGGACCAAAAAAUAUACUGAGGAAAGACAAAAUAGCAAAUGAUGCAGAACUGGCGAAUAAGAUGCGUGAUAUUAUGAGGAAUGUUCUGGGGAACUCAUGUAAAAGGAUAACACUUGAGGACAUGUCACACAAGGCUACACAAUUUGGAUUCCUGGUAGAUGAAAUGAGUAAUGAAUGUCAGAAAGCAAAAGCCUACGCCACUGAAAUUACUAAAGAGAUAAAAGAUGUAGUUCAGUACAAGAAAGAAACACUGAAACUACAAGGGGAUCUGUGGAAGGAGGUUUCCCAAACUGAGAAAGAAUUAUGCCGCAUGAGAAAGAAAGGGGAUUUAACUAUAGAACAGUACAAUUCUAUACUCAGAGAGAGGCUCUCAGCAUUACGUACCCAGCAGAACCAGCAACCUCUUCCUACAGGCAUGGGUUUAUUUAUAUCUGCCAUUACUCAAUUGUCACACGUAGAAAAACAUUAUUUCCUGAAAUGGAUGAAGUUCACACUUGAUUCACUUACCCAAAAAAUUAUUUUGAAGUUGCGAGCUGACUACAAGGAGAAGACUAAAUCUGAAAUAAAUAAAAAUGAACUUAUACAGCUGGGGCAGAAGAUAUCUGACAGUUCUUUAGGAGUAGAACAUUUUCUGCGGGAGAUGGGGCAAUUUUAUGAGUCAGAAUGUUUCAUGGUGAAAACAAAACAAAUUAUUCCAACAAGUAGGCAGUUUACUGUUCUGCCCAAAAUAGCAGCUGAUCUCCUGCUGGAUGGGUUCCCUCUGGAACUAAUAGAUGGAGAUGCCUCCAACAUCCCCCUGCAGUGGGUAACUGAUGUUCUUGCUGAGCUGGAUAACAAAACAGGAGGGAAAUGCAGGAUGAGAGUAAUCUCUGUGCUGGGAGUGCAGAGCACAGGGAAAUCCACCCUCCUAAAUACCAUGUUUGGCUUGCAGUUCCCUGUGGCCAGUGGCCGCUGCACAAAAGGAGUCUUUAUGACACUGAUUAAAGUAGAAACAAAUUUAGAAAAGAACCUGGGCUGUGAGUUUGUUCUAGUGAUUGACACUGAAGGUCUAAAGGCUGAAGAACUUGCUUCUCUAGAGGACAACUAUGAACAUGACAAUGAGUUGGCAACUCUAGUGGUUGGACUGAGUGAUAUCACAAUCAUCAAUAUUGCUGGAGAAAAUUUAGUUGACAUGAAAGACAUUUUACAAAUUGUUGCACAUGCUUUUCUAAGAAUGAAAACAAUAAGAGACAAACCCAAGUGGCAGUUUGUGCAUCAGAAUGUGAGUGAUGUUUGUGCUCAUGAUAAUAACAUGAUGGACAAAACUAAACUCUUGGAACAGCUGAACCAAAUGACCAGAGCAGCAGCAAACAUGGAAAAAAUGAGUGGAAUCACAUGUUUCUCUGAUAUUAUGGAUUAUAACCUUGAGAAAGACAACUGGUACAUUCCUGGGCUUUGGUACGGUGACCCUCCCAUGGCUUCUGUAAACCCCGGCUAUAGUGGAAAUAUAUAUAAACUAAAACAAUAUUUGUUUCAAUUCAUGGAGAAAGAGAAAAGCAUUCGAAAACCAUAUAAUAUUGGUGAAUUUAUUAAAUAUAUAGAGAGCUUCUGGAACUCUGUGAAACAUGAGAAUUUUAUUUUCAGUUUCAGAAACAGCCUUGAAGCUGCAGCCUAUGAUCAGUUAUCAAUGAAAUACUCUCAGUGGGAAUGGGACUUCCGCAAACAGGUUCAUACCUGGCUAAUUAGCACUGAGAACAAGAACAAGAAUCAGUCAGCAGAUGAACUGACACCAAGUUUGGGUUAUAAACAUGAUCUGAGUGCUCUUCUUUAUAAAGAAGAGAAUAUGAUGUUGGCCAAUGUAGAGAAAUAUUUUGAAAGUAAAUCUAAUAAUGUUCAUCUGAUAGAAAGAUACAGAGCUGAUUUCUCUCAGGAUGUGAAAUGUUUCCAGAAAGAAAUGGAACACUCUGCAACAGCAAAAGUUGAUGAUGUUUUUCGAAUCCAAACUCAAAAUCAUCAAUUACAAAAUAUCCAAAGAGAUCAUCAAAGAACAAUUGAAGAGAAUGUUACCAGCCUGCUGGAAAGGUUAGAGAAAAAUGAAACCCACCGAGGGGACAAGGAAGUGAAAGACACAUUUGAGAAUAUGUGGGAAAAUACAUUAUCAGAGUUACCCAGAAAUCCUUUAGAGAAACGCAAAAUCAGUCAGGAAAUGCUGCAAGAAAUCAGAAUGGACAUGGCUAACAGAGGAGGAAGUAUACAUGAGAAGAUUCAUGGAGUAAAAGAUUUAGGUGACUUUGGAAAAGGUGAGUUCAUGGUGAAUGAAAGCCACAUUGACAUUAGAUGUUACUCCUUAAUUAAACUGACUAAAGUUACCAAGGAAUUUAAUGAUCAAAUACAGACCCAUGCUUGCGUUUUGAUAAGAAGUUGCAGUGAGUAUGUUACAGAAAAAGUUAACACAAAGGGAGACUUUGACAGGACCUACUGCAAAGAACUGCUCCACAGGAUUAGUGAGAAUCUCAAUGAGAAUGAAUAUAGAAAUCUUCACUUUACCCGUGAGUUUGAGUUGGAUAUAAAGCUUCAUAUCUUAGGGAAUGCGGCUCCAAGGUUCCAGGUGAUGCACAAUACAUUUCUUACAGAAAAUGAUCCUGUCUUCCGUCUGCAAAACCUAAAACCUCAGUAUUGGUUACGAUUUGAAAAUAUAUUAAAAGAAAGUGAAACACAAAGCAGGGCCCGGCAGUUCUGUGAGCUGUGUCUGAAGCCGGCAAUAAUGAAACAUAUUUUCCAGCAUAUUGGCAAAGAUAUUGUAGAUGACAUUCUGAAAAGUGAGAACGGAAGAGAAUAUUGCAGCAGAACCGCCUUCCAGUUCACUGUGCUUAAAAAACUGCUUGAGCGACAGGAUUUCACUCAGUUUGUACAAUAUAUUAACUCAUACAAGUGGUUUGUGAAAAGAUGGAUUAUAGAUCACAUAUUAGACAGGUAUAGUGAUGGGCAAAAGCUGGAGAAGAUGCAGGUUAAUAUUCUCUCUCAUAUCUGUAAUGAUGUCAAGGAAAUUCUUAACAAUUCUGAGUUACUAAACAAAACCACUGUCUCUGACUUUCUGAAACAAUUUUGCCUUAUGCUUCAAAGCAAAUUAGUCAUCCCCGAAGAAGCCAUAGAAGUGAUAGUUUUUCAGAGCAAAGCAGAUAUUUGGCAAUUUUCAUGGGACAUUAAGGAAUUUCUCAUAGUAACAGAGAAAGCAAUGGAAUCAGAGUUUAAUUCCUAUACAAUUGAAGAUAUACUUUUCAAUGCCUCAGUAAAACCAGAUGAUGAGCUGAUUAAGAGAGUGAUUGGCUGUGGGAAGCAGUGUCCCUUCUGCAAAGUCUCCUGUGAGGCUGGAGGGGAUCAUCAUGAAGAACACUUUGCCUCCAUCCAUCGACCUCAAGGUUUGGGAAGAUGCACACCUAAAUACUAUAAAAAGCUCUUUGGGAAAAUAAUGGAAUUUUUAAAAUUUUUUUUUACAUUAUCCCUAUUUUCUAAUCACGAGGAACUUCAAACUUUGUCUGCAGACAUAUGUUCAACUCAUGUUAUCUCUGAUGCCAAGUUCAGCUGUGCUGAUACAGCAUGGCAGUGGCAUCCCUACAAAGAAUAUCGUAAAGUCUAUCCAGACUGGAAAAUUCAGCCUGACCCCACCAUCACAGCCUCAGACUUCUGGAAAUACAUCUUUGCAAAGUUUAAUAACAAAUUUGCAGAGGAAUAUGAGACAACACCAGCUGAUCUGCCAAACACAUGGCACCAGAUAACUGAGGAACAGGCUCUUCAAAGUCUGAUGGAGGCAUGUGAUUGAAGUCAAAAAGGAAAUUCAUCUUUAAAUUAACUUUAAAGCUGGCCAUACACACAGCUGCAGAAUUAUUGUUAUAUGUAUGGCUUCUGGUCUUCCUAUUAUUCACGCACUAUGGAUAUUGGAUAGUUUAGGAAUUUGGUAGGGCUGACACUUCAGUUGCAAAUGUUAAUGUAUUCUGCCUCAGAAGAUGAGAUAGUAAAGAAGACUCUCAGCUCCCCUUCCCUUCCUGUUGUUCUAAUCAUUCAGGCUGUCUGUAUGAACAAUCAGAACAAAUUUAUAUGUGUUGAAUUAUUAGCCUUCCCUGUGCCUUUUUUCAGCCUAAAAUGUAAACUGAUUUCUGGGGUCACUGACCCUGACCUCCAGAGGUCAGGGUCAGACCACUGAGGUUUCAGUUUAUUAUUACUUUGUAACAGCUUAGUUUUCUUAUCAGGACUUCUCCUAUUCAUCUUCCAUUCUGACUUCCUAGCUUAAGCCCCAGCAAACAUAUAUGCAUUGCAUCUAUUAUCCAGAAUGCUUGGGAUCUGGUGUUUUUUGGAUGAGAACUUUUUCUGUAAUUUGGAUCACCAUGCCUU